GUCAAGACAGAACCGAAGGAACACAUCAAGACAGAGGUGGAGGAGCCACCGCCCAUGGAAGUGACUGUCAAGGAGGAACCAGUAGAGUCCGAGGAGGAAGACAAACUGGUGAUCAGUGAGCCAGUGAAAGAAGAGCCCAUGGAAGAGGAGGAGGACGAGGUCCCCCUGGUGAGUAGGGCGCGGUACCAUCAUAAUCACCAGCAGGAGGAGGAGGGUGAUGAUGAUGAUGACGCGCCGCUUGUGAGUAAACAGGAGGCGGAGGAUCAGGAUUACAUGGAGGAUGAGGAUGAGGAUGAGGAUGAUGACCUGCCCCUGUCUGCUCGAAAACGUAUCAAGGAAGAGGAUGAAGAUGACGAUGACAAGCCUCUGGCUAUCAGAAAGAAGGUGAAGACAGAACCAAAGGAGAAGAAAAGGAAGAAGGUGAAGGAUGAGGAUGAAGACGAGGACUUCAAGCCUGAAAAGAAGAAAGUUAAAAAGGAAAAGAAAGAGAAGAAGCCUAAGGCAGGAAAAGCUGCAGCAGCUGCUCCAAAGGAAGUUGGAUCACCCACCAAGAAGGCCAAGAAAGAGGAGGAGCCUGUGUGGAAGUGGUGGGAGGAGACGAAGCGAGACGAUGGGUUGAAGUGGACCUUCCUCGAGCAUAAGGGCCCCCUUAUUGCAGACCCCUAUAUUCCCCUCCCUCAUCAUGUGAAAUUCUACUACAAUGGAGAGGCCAUGCAGCUCUCUUCGGAGGCUGAGGAGGUGGCCGGCUUCUACGCCAGGAUGCUUGACCAUGACUACACUUCCAAAGAGGUGUUCAACAGCAACUUCAUGAAGGAUUGGAGAAAGGUUAUGACAUCAAAAGAGAAGGAGAUUAUCACAGACCUAAAAAAAUGUGACUUCCGCCGGUUGCAUGCUCACUUCGUCCAGCAGAACGAAGAAAGAAAGAACCGUUCUAAAGAGGAGAAGAAGGCAUUGAAGGAAAAGAACGAGGCUCUCAUAGCAGAGUAUGGAUGGUGUAACAUUGAUGGCCACAGGCAACGUAUAGGAAACUUUAAGGUGGAACCUCCAGGUCUGUUCAGAGGACGUGGUGAGCAUCCCAAGCAAGGCAUGCUCAAGAGGCGCAUCAUGCCAGAAGAUAUUAUUAUAAACUGCUCAAAGGAUUCUGUGAUACCUAAACCACCAGACGGUCACAAAUGGAAAGAGGUACGAGCAGAUCCUUCGGUCACAUGGCUGGCAUGUUGGGUGGAGAACAUUCAGGGACAAACAAAGUAUGUUAUGCUCAACGCUGCUUCGAAGUUGAAAGGCGAGAAGGAUUGGCAAAAAUAUGAGACUGCUCGCAGAUUACACCAAACUGUAGACAAAAUUCGUGAGAACUACAAAGCAGACUUCAAGAGCAAAGAGAUGCGUAUAAGACAGAGAGCUGUAGCCCUUUAUUUCAUAGAUAAGUUAGCCCUUCGUGCGGGUAAUGAGAAGGACGAAGAUCAAGCUGACACUGUGGGCUGCUGCUCGCUGAGAGUAGAACAUAUAACUCUUCAUGAAGAGAAGGAUGGCAAGGAGUAUGUUGUCUCCUUUGACUUUCUGGGUAAAGAUUCCAUUCGUUACCAGAAUGAGGUGCAGGUGGAGAAGAGAGUAUUCAAGAAUUUGCAGCUUUUCAUGGAGAACAAGCAAGAGGGAGAUGAUCUCUUUGACAGAUUAAAUACGCAAAUUCUGAACAAGCAUUUGAACGAAUUGAUGGAAGGGCUCACUGCCAAGGUCUUCCGUACGUACAAUGCUUCCCGCACCUUGCAAGAGCAACUGGAGUUGUUAACAAAUGACGAUGACCCAAUUCCAGCCAAAAUUCUAUCCUACAACAGAGCUAACCGUGCUGUGGCUGUAUUGUGUAACCAUCAGCGUGCAGCCCCCAAAACCUUUGACAAAUCCAUGGCCAACUUGCAGAAGAAGAUUGAUGACAAGAAAGAACAGAUUGACGAAGCUGAGAAAGAGUGCAAGAGCUUGAAGAAGGCAGCCAAAUCUGGUGGCUCUCAGAAGGAGAAGAUGGCCCAUGAGAAGAAGAAGAAGGCAUUGGAGCGCUUGAAAGAGCAGCUAGCUAAACUGGAGAUGUCGGCCACAGACAAGGAGGAGAACAAGACCAUUGCUCUCGGCACGUCCAAGCUGAACUACCUGGAUCCCCGAAUUUCAGUGGCCUGGUGCAAGAAAUAUGGUGUUCCCAUUGAGAAGGUCUAUAACAAGACUCAGCGCCAGAAGUUCCAAUGGGCGAUUGACAUGGCUACGGCAGAGUACAACUUCAUGGGCGAACCAAUGGACAUUUCCAGGAGUAAUGACUGUGACGAUGGGGGCGAUGAGGAUUAUGAGUGAACAUUAAUCUUUUAAUACCCAAAAGACUUCCUUUUACAUGACCAAAGACAAGAACAUUUUGUCAGUAUAUCAUUGGUGAGUUGUGCUUCUGAAACAGGCUUUGUCCAUCCUUCUUGGUGAACUGAAUGGAGGUCGGCAAAGCCCACUGUAUUUUAAGUUAUUCACUAUAUCUAGUGAGGGGAAUGUGCAACAGGGACAGAACACGGUUCUUCAGAGUUUUUAUUUUAAUGAGGUUUAACGUGUACCUUGAAUAUUUAUUACCUAAAUUCAACCAAUUUUUAAAAUAUUUGUAAGUAGUUUUGCUAAGCUAAAGUAUUUUGUGUGUAUGAAUUCAUUUUCUAUUCAUUAGGGUAGAGCCCUCCAAUGCCUCGGCCCCAGAUAUUAGCUAUACAGUAAGGUGAUCUAUUGAAUUGUACAAGUAUGUGCCGCAGAGGGUCGGUGAAGUGGCAGUUAAAUAAUAGUUUCUACACCUCAAUAAGUGCAAAUGUAUGUCUGUGAGAUAGCAUAUCUAAAACCACAUUAUAUUUUGUAUGCCUCUUUAAAGUUCAUAACUUUAAAGUUUACAUAUGGUAAAGUGCACCGUUAGUAAUUACAAACUAAUUUUUUUAGUUUGGUAUAUUUAUGAAUUUUUACAGGUUUUAGGUAAUCAAUAUUUUCACAAAUGGACUACUGUAUUGAGCAGUGUGUAGGUAGAUAUAGGAUUUUUUUUAUUGUGGGGACUAAUUCGUUUCCAGAGCUUGUAGGUAUUUAAUUUCACAUCCUUUAUCACUAUUAAUUUUACAAGCUCCAGUGGCAAGUCACUGCUCACUCAAGGUGCAGAAACUUCUAUUUGAACAAUUUACUUAGAUUUUUUUUCCUUUAUUUUCAAUUGUUUGCAUCAAAGCUGAGCUGGAAAAAUGCAUACAUGUCAACUACUUCAACAUUAAGUUAGCUUAAGGCUGUAGCAAGGGAGUGGAGAUGGCACGCUGCACACACAGCUGUUGAACGUGCCCAGUCAUGUCUCCCCGUCAGGAUUCGGGUGGCUGUCUUGUAGAAUAGACUUUUGUAGGUUUUUAAGUUAUCAUUGAUGUAACUUUUUGUAGAGUGAAUGUCAUCUGAUGAUUGUGGAGCACGAGAUUUUGACUAUUUAUUACAACCGGUCAUGAUGUAGUGGUAUAGGGAGAUGUUACAGUAAGUAUUAAUUUAGUAUUUACAGCCAAAAAAGGAAUGUGGGAGGGAGGGGGGCGGGAAUCAAUGAAUAAAAUAGUCUGGGAGGGAUAAUGUCAAAAGUGGUGGACAAGAAGCUUGUUGCGAAAGAGCCACUGGGACCACAAGCUUUUUACAGAUUAUACUUAUUCUGCAGCAUCUGUGGUAUUUUCUAGCGGAAAGUAAAUGUGUAGACAAUGGAAAGAAAAAAAGAAUUUUGAAUUUUACAUACCGCAAAUGAUGGCAAUUAUUGAAACUCCUAUGUAAACAUCAUGGCCUGUGUCUUGCCAACAUAGAAACUCAUUUAUAGAUCUAUCCAGUUCAGCUGGCCAUUCCAUACCAUUAUGUGAUAGUGCACCAUGUAAAUAGGUAUUAUCAUCAAUAAAACGUGAAUCAUCAUGGGAA